GCCGGGGGAGGAAGCAAAGAGCGCCAUAUUUGAUGCUGGCAGGAGGAAAAGUGGGAGGGGAAGAGCGUUGCCGGUUUAGUUGAAUUUCUCCCUUCUGUGGUCCUUCUCUUUGGAAAAGUGGAUAAUUUGGGACUGGACUGCUUCUUUUGAAGCUGUUCUCCGAGUUGCGGACAGAUUCAUUGGUUAAUUCAUUGAUUCAAGAGAAUCAACAGAAUUCAUAUUAUCCAGAGGGUGUGUGGUUCAGGUCCCGCCCCCCAAGAGGCUUUGCUCUCUUCUCGGCCUUGGGUUCCCUCGGCAACCGCUCAACAGAUCCCUUGGCAACCGCUCAACAAACCGUCCCGGGAGCCGGCUGCGGCCAACCGGUGGGGUCUGCCGGGGUCUGCUGAGGCCAGUGUUUUGUAUUAUGACUUCUCAAGAGAAGACAGAAAAGCAUCCUUUUGCGGAUAUAUUUAAUGAAGAUGAAGCUGACAUAAACUUUAUGUUGUCUAAACCUGUUUGCUUUGUUGUAUUUGGGAAACCAGGGGUUGGGAAGACAACAUUAGCCCAACAGAUAACACAGGCAUGGAAAUGUAUUCGUGUAGAAGCUUUACCAAUUUUGGAAGAACAGAUUGCCAGUGACACUGUAACGGGAGCUAUGUUGCAGUCAAUGCUGAUCAGUGGCCAAAGCAUUCCAGAUGAACUUGUCACAAAGUUAAUGUUGGAGAAGCUGAACUCCUCAGAAGUCUCUCACUUUGGCUAUAUUAUCACUGAAAUACCAUCACUUUCACAGGAUGCCAUGACUACUCUGCAGCAAAUAGAAUUAAUUAGAAAUUUAAAAUUGAAACCUGAUAUUAUAAUCAAUAUUAAGUGCCCUGACUAUGAUUUAUGCCAAAGAAUUUCGGGGCAAAGGCAGCACAGUACCACAGGAUACAUAUACACAAGAGAUCAGUGGGAUCCUGAAGUCAUUGAGAAUCAUAGGAAAAAGAAGAAAGAAGCCCAAAAGGAAGGAAAAGGAGAAGAGGAGGGGGAAGAGGAAGAAGAGCAAGAAGAAGAAGAGGCAUUUAUUGCUGAAAUGCAGAUAGUGGCUGAAGUUCUUCAACACCUCGUUCAGAGACCUGAGGAUUAUUUGGAAAAUAUCGAACACAUCAUUAACCUUUAUAAGGAAAUAAUUCUUCAUCCUUUAGAAGAAGUAAUGGCUGAACAUGAUUCCCAGUAUCUCAUUGAGCUAGAUGGAAAUAAGCCCCCAGAGGAGCUGUUCAUGACAGUUAUGGAUCGACUUAAGUAUCUAAACCUAAAAAGAGCAGCUGUUAUAACCAAACUUCAGAGUACAGAGGAAGAUAUUAAUGACACAAUGGAAAAUGAUGAGCUGUUCCGUACUCUCGCAUCUUAUAAACUUAUUGCACCAAGAUAUAGAUGGCAGAGAAGCAGAUGGGGACGUACAUGUCCUGUGAAUUUAAAAGAAGGUAACAUUUUUCAAGGAUUGGCAGAUUUUUCUGUGAGUUUUCUAGGUAAAAUGUACUGUCUUUCAUCAGAAGAAGCAUUAAAAACAUUUCUAUUGAACCCACGUCCCUAUCUUAUUCCACCUAUGCCAGCACCACCAUUUAAAGUAUUCAUAUUUGGACCUCAGUCUUCAGGGAAAACAACACUUAGCAAUUUGCUUGCAAAACAUUACAAAGGAAAGGUAGUUGACUAUGAUAAAGUGAUUCAACCACGUUUUGAUAAAGCCCUUGAAAUGUUAACCAGAAACACUAUAGCUGAGGCCACUGAAGCAGCCAUUAAAGUUGUGAAAGAACGGCUUCUCUUAGAACUACAAGCUAAAAAUGAAAUUAGGAGCAUUGAGUCCUGGGUCCUUGGGCUCAUACCACAAUCUUCCUUAGGAAUCACCUACAGUUUAAGUACUGUUCUUUAUGUGUUUAACAGAGUUUUAUUUUCAGAUGAAAAAGAAAUAAGUGAAAUGUUUACACGUCAAAGAAGUCAGCAAGACUCUAGUCGAGAUCUAAAGAAGGAUUCCAAAAAAGAUGUAACAGACUAUGAGAUAGAAGAGGUAACUGCUGAUCAUCCAGAAGUUCUUUCCAUAAUAAAUGAGACAGUAAAAAUGGCAAAGGAUAUGAACUUUGAACAGCCACAUGAAAAAAUUGCUGAGAUCUUAGAUGAAGUUCUCCAAGAGGUAGUUGAAGAAAACAAGAAUAGGUUUUAUGGUGCCCCCAAAUACGGAGGAUGGAUACUGGACAACUGCCCUCUUGUGAAAGAACUCUGGAUGGUCUUAGUCGACAAAGGAGUUCUACCCGAUUUAGUCAUCUGUUUAUCAGACACAGAAAACAAUGGAAAAUAUUUAUAUAAUAGACUGUAUUUAGAGAAUAAACAAGAAAUUGACUCUAAGAUUUUAGAAAGAUUAUUAGAUGAACUACUAAAGGAAAGAAAAGAGGAAGAAGCAGCAAGAAAAGUCAAGGAAGAGGCAUUAAGAAUAGAAGAAGAAAAUCGAAAGCUAUUGGAAGCUAUGACUGCAAAAGCAAAAGAAGCAGAAGAAGCUGAAGCCGCGGCUUUUGAGGAUAUUGAAGGUGAAGAGUCUGAACUUCACGAAGGGUCUGAGACCCCUGAGGUUUCUGAGGAGACCAGGGGGUUCUUACCCGAGGAGUCUGACAUUUUUGAGGCCCCAGAAACAGAACAUGAAUCAGUAUCUGAGCCUCCUGAGGAUGCUACAGUUGGAGCAGAAUUUCCAAAAGGAUCCAGAGAGGGCCUGGAAACUAAAGAAUUACCUGAAACAGUUCUACUACCUGAAUUUCCGGAAGAUGGUUAUCCUGAUGUUCCUGAAAUGGAUUCAAUUAGAGAGAAUGUCAGCUCUUUCUACGCUGCCUGGAGACAGGUGGAAACAGCUAUCAGUGACUCUUUUACUCAGAUUUUAAACCUGGAGAUUGCUGGCAAAACUCCAGAGGAACUACUUCAAAAAGUCGUUGAAAUUAUGGAAAAACCCUUUCACCAUGCUGCUUGGGAGUUAACUAUAGAAGAUUAUGAUGAAGAAACAGAAGAUUAUCAGGCUGAAGUUGAUGUCGAUGAGGCACUAGAAGAGGAAGAAGAGGAAGAGGAAGAGAAUGAAGAUAUAAUUAAGGAGAAGAGAAGGCAUUUGGGAGAUACAAAGCACUUUUGUCCAGUGGCUCUCAAAGAAAACUUCGUCCUACAACCAGGCACCCCAGAAGAAGCAGCUAAAUAUCGAGAAAAGAUCUAUUACUUUUCAAGUCCUGAAGCUAAAGAAAAGUUUUUGGAGCAGCCUGAGGAGUAUGUGGCUCAUGAUGAACCAUUAAAGGCUCCGCCAUUAAGAAUAUGCCUUCUCGGUCCCCAUGGCUCUGGCAAAACUGUCUGUGGAAGACAGCUGGCAGAAAAAUUGGGCAUUUUUCAUAUUCAGUUUGAAGAAUUUCUUCAAGAAAAACUAAUGCUCAAAACUGAAAAGAAAGUGGGACCUGAAUUUGAGGACGAUUCUGAGGAUGAACAAUUAGUAAAACAAGAACUUGAAGAGCUUGCAAUUCAGGCCAAUGUUACAACUGAGGAAGAAAAUAUAAAGAAGCUGCCUCAGGAAGUGCAACUUACAGAAGAAGAAGAAGCAAUCAGAUUAAACCUAACAGAAAAUGAGCCAUUGCCUCUUGAAAUCCUUGAAGCAAUUCUUUCUGAGUGGUGGUUUAAGGAACCAAUAUGUUCUACAGGUUUUGUAUUAGACGGUUUCCCGCGGUAUCCAGAUGAGGUCCAGUUCCUGGGGGAACAUGGGCUUUUCCCAGAUGCUGCUGUGUUUAUACAAGUUGAUGAUCAAGAUAUUUCUGAUCGCCUCCUUCCUGUCCAAAUUGGAAAGUGGAAAGUGAAACAAAAGAAGAAAUUAGAAAGGAAAAAACUCAUCAAAGAAAUGAAGGCAAAAAUCAAGGAUGAUAUGAUUGCUAAAAGAAGGGCUGAACUUAUAACAGAGAGAGAAAAAAGGAGGAAAGGAGGGGUGACUGUUAGAGAAGAUGAAGACAUGAGUGAAGAAGAACCUGAUAACAAUGAAGAUGAUAUUGAUAACAUUCUCGAAGAUGAAUUUCCAAAAGAUGAGGAAGUGAUGAGUGAGGAAGAGGAAGAGCAGGAAAUUGAUGCUCUCGAACGCCUGAGGGGUGAACUCGGAGAAAAAUUUGAAGCAGAUAUGAAUAAUUUACAAAUAAUACAGGAAGAAUUUGAGAAGUUUUUGAUUCCAGUAAUUCUCAUUAAUGGAUCUCGGAAAAUCCACAUUGUCCAAUACACAUUGAAUACAAAACUGAAACCACUAGUAGAGAAUCGUGCAAGCAUUUUUGAGAAAUGUUAUCCAAUAUCAUCACGCCUUGCCCAGAAAAUGCUCAGCUUUACCUACAAGUAUAUAAGCUCAUUCGGCUACUGGGACCCUGUAAAGCUACAUGAAGGAGAGACCAUCAAACCAGUUGAAAACUCAGAGAAUCCACUUCAUCCUGUAAUCCAUCGUCAGUAUAUUUAUUUUUUAUCUAGUAAGGAAACUAAAGAAAAAUUUAUGAAGAACCCAAUCAAAUAUAUCUGCCAACCCAAACCUAAGCCUACUAUCCCCAUUAGGAUUGCAGUUCUGGGGCCUCCAAAAUCUGGAAAAACUACAGUUGCCAAAAAGAUUUCAAGUGAAUAUGGCUUAAAGCGUUUGUCGAUAGGAGAUGCUUUGCGUUAUGUAUUAAACAACCAACCAGACACAGAGCUGGCACUUAUGCUAAAUUGGCAUCUUCAUAAAGGAAUGACGGCACCUGAUGAACUGGCUAUUCAGGCCUUAGAAUUAUCUCUGAUGGGAAGUGUAUGUAAUACCGCAGGUGUUGUCAUUGAUGGAUACCCUGUAACUAAGUAUCAAGUGAGUCUCUUAGAAGCUAGGUCAAUCAUCCCCAUGAUUAUCUUUGAGCUGGAUGUGCCUUCCAAAGAGAUUUUCAGAAGAUUGCUCCUGGAAAAAAAAAAGGAGUCAAGUUUGCCUUAUCCAUUGCACAACAGCUCACAGAUUAUAGCUGUCAAGAACUCAAGGUACCGCAAAAAUGUUGGUGAGAUUAGGCAAUAUUAUGAAGUACAACAUCAGAACUGGUAUGUGAUUGAUGGCUUUCACAGCAAAUGGUGGAUAUGGAAUGAAGUCAUUAAGAAGGUUAAAAUGGUGAAUAAAUACAUGCAGAUAUAUAUGGAAAGAAUAAAAGCAGGAAAAGCCGCCUGCAUUGACAAGUUAUGUAUCUCCCCUGAAGAACUGAUUUCUCGCCUGGGCGAAUUUGGACAGUUCUGCCCUGUCAGCCUGGCAGAAUCAUAUGAAUUAGUUGAUUGCUCUUCAAAUGAUUCCUUGGAAUUUGCAGCAGAGUUCAGAGGGCACUAUUAUAAAAUGAGUUCUCUAGAGAAAUUGAAUAAAUUUUUGGACAAUCCAGAAUUCUACGUACCUCCGUUAGCACCUCAUCCACUUCCACCUACCGACAUGAUCCCCAAGAGGCUGACACUGUCAGAGCUGAAGAGCCGGUUCCCUAAGUGUGCUGAGCUCCAGGGUUACUGUCCAGUGACUUAUCAGGAUGGCAGACAAAGAUACGAAGCCCUAGUACCUGGAAAUAUUCACUAUGCUUUAGAAUAUCGUGAUCGUAUAUAUAUUUGUGAGAGCAGAGAAAAACUUCAGAAAUUUUUGAGGUCGCCACAGAAAUACUGGAAUCAGAAGCUUCCUUACAAACUUCCCCCAUUGAAGGAACCAAUGUCUCUCACCAGCCUGCCUUUGCCCGGAUAUCUGGAACAGGGUAUUGCAACUGCUCUAAUUAAAGCCAUGAAUGCAGCGGGAUGCUUAAAGCCCAAAUUCCCCUUCUUAAGUGUACAGAGAUCUGCGCUACUUUAUAUAGCACUUCAUCUGAAAGCCUUUAAUCCCAAUAGUUCUGAAUAUACAAGAAAAAAAUACAAGAAGAAGAUGGAGCAGUUUGUGGAGAGAUGUGAACUCAUUACAUACCUGAGUGCCAAGAUGACCAAGAAAUACAAGGAACCUCAGUUUAGAGCCAUUGACUUUGAUCAUAAAUUACAGACCUUUCUCUCUCUUAGAAAUAUAGACCCAGUCAAUGGUUAGAAUGUUUGCGUAAAUGCACCCAGAAUCUUAAGAGUUACCUGAAAAGGAUAAAAGGAAGUAGAUUGAAAAUCUGGGCCUCUCUGAUGUACUUUUCCCUCCUGAGUGAUAUGCCUUGGCUUCUAGACUUUCAGUGCAUUCAGAGUUCUGCCAGCCAGGAAGGAGUACUCUUCUGUAAGCCUAAGUUCUCAUAUACUUGUAAAGCUUAUUGCUGUUUGCCUGAACUUUGAUGCUUCAACAAAAAUUAUUCCAUUUAGAAUAUUUAGGUAACGUAUUUGACUUAAUGAAUCCUUUGUUCAUUUUCCUUUUUAAUAUUUUUAUUAGAAGAGUCUGUCUCUGUUAAAGAAACUUAUGCAGUAAAUGUUAGAAAGCUUCAAGAAAAGAAUUAACAUUGCUAUAAAUAAAAUAGAAAUAUUGGUUACACUUUUAACUUAGAGAGUUGUUUGUAAACUUUGUGAACCUAAAAAUACUUUAUCACUUUCCCAACAAAAUAAACAGAUUUAGAGACAACUAAAUGGCUGCUGCUUUUUUUUUUUUUCUCAAGUGUUCAAGGAAACACAUUUUAUACGUUAUUUUGUAGUUAGAAAUCACCGGAUACUUGAGGAUGAAUGCUAGAGUCCUUUUAUAUGACAUUAUCAAGACAUACAUGCUAGAGGAAAAUUACUAUAUUGAAUUUGGAUGAGAUUUUAAAAAUAAAUUAUCAAUUUUUUUGGCAGGCGUAUAACAAAUCUGGAAUGUGAAAUAGCAAGAUUGGCUCUUUUAAAAAAUAAAAAAUACAACCAUUAUCUUAUUUAACCUUAGGUAAAUCUCAGUUUCUAUGAGUUUUUGUUGUUUCUUAAUCUCUAAAGUGAAUGAUUUAGCUCUUUUUUUCAGCUUUACUAAGGUGAAUUGACAAAUGAAAUUCUAUAUGUUUAAACUAUACCACAUGAUUUUGAUAUAGUUAUACAUUGUGAAAUAUUUACCACAAUCAAGUUAAUUAUUAAUAACACAUCCACCACCUCACAUCAUUAUUUCAGUGUGUUUCUGUGAUUGUGUGUAUGUGAGUAAUAAGAAUACUUAAGAAUCAGUCUGUUAGGAAAUUUCAAGUAUUAUUAUUACUGUAUUAUUAGCUAUAUUUACCACAUUGAACAUUAGAUUAUCAGAAUUUACUCAUCUUAUAACUGAAAGUUUGUACCCUUUGAUCAAUAGCUCCCUAUGUGCCCCUUCCCUAGACUCCUUGAAACCACCAUUCUACUCUCUGCUUCUAUGAGUCUUUUUUUUUUUUAGAUUCCACAUAUAAGUGAUACCAUACAGUAUUUGUC